UAGAACACAUAUGGUUAGUACAAAAAAAGAAUUGGAUUCCAUGACAGCUUGUGAUAGGACUUACUGAGGUCGAAUCCUGUGUUCAAGACUGGAAUAUGUGCAAUGGAAUAUUGUCUGCAUCAGAGAAGGAAAUCAUGCAGCUUAUGAUCAUGCCAAGUAUGGGCAAGGCAAGGCAUGCCUUAUUUUUCUAGGAUUUUCUUUUAACCUUUUAUAUCUUUUGCUUAUUCCCUAUACCAUUUCUGAUUUUAUCUUCAACUCCAAUUUUCUCUCACACAAUUACACAGAACACCACAUACCAAAUACAUAGCCACACCACCAAAUUCAACUCCUCCAAUUUUCUAAAUGGUUUCCAAUGGAGAUGAAGAAUCAGGCACACAAGUCCAACUACCUGAAACCACAACAAAAAAUUCACCUUCACCCUUUUUCAGGUACAACUCACCACUAGUUCAAGUGAUUCUCAUUGGUGUGAUCUGCUUUUGUUGCCCCGGCAUGUUCAACGCCCUCUCAGGAAUGGGUGGUGGAGGCCAAGUGGACCACACUGCCUCCAACAACUCCCUCACUGCCCUCUACACCACCUUCGCCAUAUUCGGCAUCCUCGGCGGCGGCAUCUACAACAUCCUCGGACCCCACCUCACCCUUCUCGCAGGUUGUUCCUCCUAUGUCCUCUACACAUCCUCCUUCCUCUACUACAAUCACCACCACCACCAAGCCUUCGUCAUUCUCGCCGGCGCUCUCCUCGGCGUAGGAGCAGGCCUCUUGUGGGCUGCACAAGGUGCAAUAAUGACAUCUUACCCUCCAACCAAUAGAAAAGGCACUUACAUAUCUAUUUUUUGGAGUAUCUUCAACAUGGGUGGAGUCAUUGGUGGUUUGAUUCCUUUCAUCUUGAACUACCAUCGUAGUGAGGCUGCUUCAGUCAACGAUGGAACCUACAUAGGCUUCAUGUGCUUCAUGUCACUGGGGACCCUUUUGUCAUUAGCCAUCUUGCCUGCAUGCAAGGUUGUUCGUGAUGAUGGUAGCAGGUGCACCAACAUGUUUUACACCGAUGUUUCCACCGAGUGUGUGGAGGUUCUCAAGUUGUUUUCCAAUUGGAAGGUGCUUCUUAUGGUUCCAGCAGCUUGGUCCAGCAAUUGUUUUUACCCUUACCAGUUCAAUGAUGUGAAUGGGGCUCUGUUCAAUUUGAGGACUAGAGGGUUGAACAGUGUGUUCUACUGGGGGGCUCAGAUGCUAGGCUCGGUUGGGAUUGGUUAUAUUAUGGAUUUUAGUUUUAAGAGGAGAAGAGUUAGGGGAAUGGUUGGGGUUAUAGUGGUUGGUGUUCUUGGGACUGUGAUUUGGGGGGGUGGACUUGUUAAUCAGCUUAGGUAUUCUUCCAAUGAUUUGCCUGAAAAAUUGGAUUUUGAGCAGUCAGGGUCUCACUUUGCUGGGCCUUUUGUCUUGUACUUUAGUUUUGGGUUGCUAGAUGCCAUGUUCCAAAGCUUGGUCUAUUGGGUUAUUGGAGCCCUGGCUGAUGAUUCUCAGAUUCUUAGCAGGUACAGUGGGUUCUUUAAAGGAAUACAAAGUGCAGGUGCUGCGGUUGCUUGGCAAGUAGAUGAACACAAGGUGUCUUUCAUGUCCCAAUUGAUUGUGAAUUGGGUGCUCACAACAAUAAGCUAUCCAUUACUGUUUGUUUUGGUCAUGUUGGCUGUGAAAGAUCAAUGACAAUAAGGUUGGAUAUAUAAUAACAAUAUUCCUGUUGUAAGGGAAAGUCAAUAUAUAGAAAGUUUGUUGAUGUCUUCUUGUUGCCUUGUACUUUCCCUAGUCACUAAUGUUCAGGCUUUGAAACAAACUGAAAUUUCCAUAUGAAUGUGUUCAUGACAUUGUGGAACUCGUUUUGUAUCAGGAAAAUGUUCCUUCA